AUGGCGUCGGCGCGUCAUCGCUCAUGCUGGCUCUUUUCGUGGCUGGUUCUUUUGUUGCUGCAUCUUCAGUGCUCGACUUUCCUAUCCUGGCCGAAAGCAGUGCGACGCGCAACUGAAUUACGAGCCGCUGCCGACGAGCGCUGGUGGUGUGUAGCAGGAGGCGUUAAGAGCAAACUGCGACAGGCCUUUUGCAGCAAGAUGCAAACUGAUGACGUGCCUUUACUGGCUGAUUUUGACACUUACGCUACUUCCUUGCCGGUGCGUGAGGUUGAUUGUGGCGUACCAAUUAAGCUGUUCGAGACGCCUUUCUAUGUGACUGACAGGGGCAUGAACGAGUUUGCAGAGCGUAUUAGCAGCCGUGCGGCGGUUAUUCGCAGCAGGGUUGCCUAUGUGGCGGCUGCUGGUGGCUCUGGCAAGUCCUCUUCGGUGCUUCCAGGCUUCUUGCAAAGCAUAGACAUGGGGACUGGCCUCAACUUCACGCACUACGUUUACAUGCCCUUCCACAACAACGACGGAAAUAACCACAGGAAGGUGACAGUGCCUGCCGAUUCUGGCGAGGACUUCCGCCGCGACCUCGGCGCCGCGUACAUGCGAGACUGUUUCCGUGCACAGGCAUUUGAAACACCCGGCGCACUUGGCAGCGAGACCUACAUACAAAUUUGGGAGCUUCCAGUCAGGUCAAGCAGGUUCCGCUUGUUGCCGAGAUUUUGGCGCGCGAGACUUGGCACUUUUCGACAAACUCAAGCCCUGCUGGCUGAAGAUGUGCGACGCUUUAUGAAGCGCAGUCCAGAUGGAGUGCUCCUGCUGCAUAUAGACGAGCACCUCAAGAUGUGCGAGGAUGUCGAGUUCCGCAAGGGAGCGAUGGCAGUCAUGGCCUCGUUGCCUCAAGCGCGAGUCGUGGCCACCUUUACCGAUAUCAUCCCGCAGCCCGCCGUGGGCUCGGAGACCUGCCGCUCUCCCGUGGCCAAGCUUUGUUUGGAUGUGAAGACGGUGACGGAACGACUGCCGAGAUUGAAAGUGCCCAUGGCCGAGACUGCAGAUGAACGGCGGCUGCUCGCAUCCCUUCGGGUCUCGCUGGGCCUGGCCUUGUCCAAUCUUGGCCUUGCUGGCCUUCAUGUGAAAGAUGAGCGUUUGGAAGCCUUUCUGGACAGAUUUGAGUGCUUGGCCAAGACGGGCGACAAGGACGAGGUCUACAGGAAGUGCAUCCAGCACUGCAGCGAGCAGUGGAUGCAAAAAGGUCCCAGGGAGUGCCGGCAUUUGGUCGACCUCUUUUGCGGGAUCGAAGAAUCUGAUGAGAGAGUCCAGGAGCAGCGAUAUCCUGCGGUGGUUUCGCUAGAAGACACGCUGACGGCGCCUUUGGAGGUGCUCCUUCGAGAUGCAGAUCCGGAUGACCCAGCUCGACUUUUGUACAAUCAUUGCCGGAGCCUGUUCAAGAAAUCGCUGGGCAUUACAGAUUGGGCAUCAGGUUCCGUGCUGGAACGCGCUUAUUUAUGGGCAUUGGCCUGCAAGUUCACCAGACGCACCCCAACACCAUUUGGCGAUUUUGAGUGUCAAUUUGUGUGUGAGCAGGUCGCCGCAGCACGAAUCUUCAAAGGCAGGACCCUCAUGCCAGACAAUGUUCAGGCCCUGAAGAAGAACACCCUGUACUGCGCGAAUGAGCAGAAGAAGUCCCACCCGUUUGCAGAUAUGUGGUUUUUGUCUCCAGACAACGUUCUUUUUUUGCUGGAGGUUGGGGGCACGAGCGGCAUGGAUGAGGCAAACAAGAAGGUCACAAUGCUCAAGAUUGUAUUGGAAGAGCAGGACUUCAACUCCCUCAACAUUGACGGUGUUGUCGCCAUCGUGCUGCUCCCGAACAUCAUGGACAAGCUCAGCUCCGACAAGGACGUGUUAGCCAUUACCGGAAGUCAAGCACAGAAGUUGCUUGGAGGUCUCGUUCAAGUCCUGGACUGGCUGUGA